GAAAAUAAAAUUUUAUGAAAUCAUACACAGCAUGAUAGAAGGUUGUUUGUUUGAAGUUUGAAGAAAAUAAAUAAAUUAGUAAAUUGUGAAUCUCAACUUAAUUCAGUACAAAACUAUAAAACAUGGAAGCGGCUUCUUUAGACUUCGUUGCGCAAGCAUGUAUGGACUUAACUGAUGCUAUAAGCGGAGUUACAAGUGAAUUUGAACGGGAUUCUCACAUUUCAUACCAUAUCAAGAAAGUAUGGUCAACAGUUACUCCGAUAGAAGACUUUAAAAAGAACUUGGAGUGGGUGAACGUGUCAGAGCCGAUAUCCUUGGCGCAGCAUUGUUCUGACAAGAUUGUGAUAUUGGACUUCUGGACCUAUUGCUGCAUUAACUGUUACCAUGUACUGCCUGACCUGGCUCAUAUUGAGAAACUGCACUCGGUUGAAAAAGGGGUAGUGGUGAUAGGGGUGCACUGUGCCAAAUUCACAAAUGAGAAGGACUCAUCCAAUGUGCUGUCAGCCGUCCAGAGAUAUGGCAUCCAUCAUCCAGUGGUGAACGAUGCUGACAGCUGCAUGUGGGACGCACUUGGAAUUAAAUGCUGGCCCACACUACUUAUAUUAGGUCCCGGCAAUAAGCCCUUAUUUGUGUUAACGGGUGAAGGUCACAGAGAUGAACUGGUGUGGUACGUGGGUAACGCGGUGCGUCACUUCGGCAGCCGCAUAUCCAACGCGCCCAUAGCGAUAGCACCCGCUAAGCAUCUGAAGCCUAAAACUGAAGAACUUCUUUAUUUCCCUAGCAAGCUGGCAUUGAACCCGUACUACCGUGGGCGAGCAGACGAGCCGUUCCUGGCUAUCUCGGACACCGGCCACCAUCGUAUUGUGCUCACUGACUGCGCAGGAGUUGUACUAAGAAUUGUGGGAGGGUUGGAACCUGGGUUUAAAGAUGGCAAACUGAACGAGGCUCAGUUCAACUCGCCACAAGGAGUAUGCUGGUUGUCGAGCAACGUGCUGGCAGUAUGCGACACUAACAACCACGCGGUCCGCGCUAUACAUCUCGACGAGGGCACUGUCGAGAUACUCGCCGGCACCGGGGAACAGUCGCCACAUGGUGAUCCAGGUAUAAACUAUAUCUUAUAUGUUAGUAUUAUACUGAACGAGGCACAGUUCAACUCGCCACAAGGAGUAUGCUGGUUGUCGAGCAACGUGCUGGCAGUAUGCGACACUAACAACCACGCGGUCCGCGCUAUACAUCUCGACGAGGGCACUGUCGAGAUACUCGCCGGCACCGGGGAACAGUCGCCACAUGGUGAUCCAGGUAUAAACUAUAUCUUAUAUGUUAGUAUUAUACUGAACGAGGCACAGUUCAACUCGCCACAAGGAGUAUGCUGGUUGUCGAGCAACGUGCUGGCAGUAUGCGACACUAACAACCACGCGGUCCGCGCUAUACAUCUCGACGAGGGCACUGUCGAGAUACUCGCCGGCACCGGGGAACAGUCGCCACAUGGUGAUCCAGGUAUAAACUAUAUCUUAUAUGUUAGUAUUAUACUGAACGAGGCACAGUUCAACUCGCCACAAGGAGUAUGCUGGUUGUCGAGCAACGUGCUGGCAGUAUGCGACACUAACAACCACGCGGUCCGCGCUAUACAUCUCGACGAGGGCACUGUCGAGAUACUCGCCGGCACCGGGGAACAGUCGCCACAUGGUGAUCCAGGUAUAAACUAUAUCUUAUAUGUUAGUAUUAUACUGAACGAGGCACAGUUCAACUCGCCACAAGGAGUAUGCUGGUUGUCGAGCAACGUGCUGGCAGUAUGCGACACUAACAACCACGCGGUCCGCGCUAUACAUCUCGACGAGGGCACUGUCGAGAUACUCGCCGGCACCGGGGAACAGUCGCCACAUGGUGAUCCAGGCGGCAAAUGCCUAGGCGUUCAACCACUAGCGUCACCGUGGGACGUGCUCCUAUACACGACGCCCGAUAUGGACAUGUCAGUGCGACCACUCCUGCCGCCGCCGCCGCCGCCGCCCGGCGCCCAACCCGCUGCUGACACCAAGGAGCUCGCUAAGGGAGAUCAUAAAGAAAAAGACAAGGACAGCAAGCGUCGCGUGCUGCUGAUCGCGUGCGCCGGCUCGCAUCAGAUCUGGGCGCUGUUCCUCGACACCACCAUCUGGUGGAAAUACAAGACUUUCACUGAAGGUACAUGCGUGUGUAUCGCGGGUUCUGGCGCGGAGGCGGCUCGCAACAGCGCCUACCCGCACUCCGCUGCGUUUGCGCAGCCCUCCGGACUUACACUCAGAACCGGAUCAAGCCCAGAGAUUUUCAUCGCCGAUUCUGAGAGUUCGUCUAUCCGCCGACUCGCGUUGACAACAGGACAAGUUUCCACUCUAUGCGGCGGUGACCGCAACCCUUUAAAUUUAUUCGCAUACGGAGACGUGGAUGACACGGGCGUCGACGCCAAGCUACAACACCCGCUAGGCGUGGCUUACUGUGAGUCUUCCAAAACUCUGUAUGUAGCCGACACAUACAACCACAAAAUAAAGAAAGUCGAAGUCGGACCACAGAAAGUCACCACAUUAAACCCCACUAUGAACGAGACAACCGACCCAGCGAAAUUCAAUGAACCAUCCGGAUUAUCUAUUACUGGUGACGGAAAGUAUCUCUACAUAGCCGACACGAAUAACCACUGCAUCAAAAUACUCAAUCUUACGAAAAACGUGUGCCAAGACUUCAAAGUAAGACUAAUGGAGCCCAAGUUUAUCGAACCAGAUAAUUUGAUCCUGUACAAAAACGACUUGUUUGUCAAUAGGAAAUGUGGCAAUCUUAUCAUUUACUUCAAUGUUAGUUUGGACUCGGAUACCAAGAAUGUCAAAUUCACUCCCGGAGCGCCUCAGAACUGGCUUGUGUGUGUCCGUGAUGAAAACAGUAAGGAUGUGACACAAGAAGAUUUUGAGUUCAUUAGUUCUUCUCACAAAGGCAGCAAGUUGCCCGGCCGGGUCGAAAUGAAACUCAAACAGCGAACAGAUAAGUUCCUUUAUCGCUUGUACCUGAGUUUCCACACGGCGCUCUGUGACGCCUCAGUAUGUUUCUCACACUCCUUCACUAUCAGAUCCACAAUUUUAGUUAGAGAUUCCGUAAAGAAGGUCGAGUCGUACAAGAUUACGUGUAAAGUGAACCCAGUUAAUAGGCCUGACACUAAACAACAGCAGAAAGAUGAUCAGAAGUCAUAAGUUCUUAUUAUUUAGCAAAUGUAAGCACAACACAGCUUUAGCACUAAAAACAAAUUAAUUUUAAGUUAACCUGAUUACUUUUAAGCGCAAUUGUUACUAAUAACAGAGAUUGUUAUUUUUAUUUGGUUUUUAUUACCUUUUAGUUAUGUUAAUUGACAUAAAGACAUUUUUUUUUAUAAAAA